CUGAAAUCAUUCCGCCGGAAAUUUGGUUCCUGUCAGUGCAGUACAACAACAUGUCGUGAUUGAUCGUGUUUUUCGGCUUUUAUUUCUUCUAAUCUAAAAAUGUACACGUCUCUAAAUAUCUUCUACGUCUGGACGUCUCUAUUGUUUUUGCUUUAUCAUUCAGAAGUUUUAAAAUCGGCCUCGGCACAAGAGAAUGAAGAUGUUUUGGACUUCGGUCUGUCAGAGGAGUCCGACCUGGAGAACAUCCCAAAGUUCGUAGAGUCAGAGGAAAUUAACUCUUUACCCAAAAUGCAGUUCAAAACGGCUGAAAUUGCAGACGCCGUCAUGGGAACAGAGGCGCCCAUCGAUCCGGCAGAAAUCCAGUCACUGUUUCCCAAAAAUGUGCAUAAUCCUCAGGCCCAGGGCUUCUCUCCUCCCUGUGACGAGGCACAGUGUAUUUCAGAAGGACAGUCAGAGGAGGCCAGCACUGAAGAAACACAACAGGUCUCUUUGGAGAUGGUUCACACAGACACCUCGGCUCCAGAGGAAUACAACACGACAGAAACCACAAAAACCUUUAAAGUGAACUGUGACAAAAGGAACAUCACUGGAGUAGGUCUGUUCACUGUCCACGUCCUCAAUGGCUCCCAGGACCUGAUGGAGUUUUUAAACGCUAAUAGUUCCGAGUGCUCCGUGGUGCUCUUCUUCACAGCCUGGUGCCAGUUCUCUGCCUCUCUAGCGCCUCACUUCAACGCCCUGCCCAGGGUAUUUCCCAGCAUGCACUUCUUAGCACUGGAUGCCUCUCAACACAGCAGCCUCUCUACCAGGUUUGGAACGGUGGCUGUGCCAAACAUCCUCCUGUUCCAAGGAGCCAAACCCAUGGCCCGAUUCAACCACACAGACAGAACUCUGGAAACUCUCACCGCAUUCAUCUCCAAUCAGACCGGUUUUGAGGCAGGCCCAGACAGAAACGUGAGUGCCGCAGACCUUUUAGGGCCCCUGAGCUCUGUCCCUGUGCGGGGGCUCGACUGGCUCCUCGUCUUCUCUGUCCUCUUCAUCACCGGCUUCAGUCUCUACGCAGCGCUCCGGGCCGACAGUAUCCGCUGGCUCAUCCCGGGACAGGAGCAUGACCACCAGGACUGACAUGGAGAACGCAAUGGACUGUGUCAAAGAUUUAGGAAAACUUAAUGUUUAAUGUGUGAUGAGUUUCAUGGAUUUUAGUAAAUUAUAAUAUGAAA